AUGGUCGACGUUGUCCAACCACUUGGACGCUUGAAUUUUGACCGAGCGACUGCCCAUUUCGUCGAAUGGUUCACUGCCGCCGAUGGGACUCGGUUGAGUCCCAAGGUCCAGCUCAAGGAUCUGAGAAGUGAAAAUGCGGGCAGAGGAGCAGUCGCUGUUGAGGACAUCGAAGAGGAUGAGGAGUUGUUCGCUAUUCCUCGAUCUCUUGUGCUUACAGCCACAACGUCAAGCAUUCCCCCGGCUGUGCUCGAACCUCUUAGUGAAACCGGACAGUGGCAGCCCUUGAUCGUCACUCUCAUCUAUGAAUACCUGCGAAACGAAAGUUCACCAUGGCAUGCCUAUUUUCAAGUCCUCCCUACGCAGUUCGACAGUCUCAUGUUUUGGAAUGCUGAAGAGCUCAAGACAUUGCAGGCCAGUGCCGUGGUCGACAAGAUCCGUAGAAACCAAGCUGAAGAGUCCUGGAAAGAGAAAAUGAUACCAAUCAUGCUGUCACACCCUGAUCUGUUUCCUGUGGCUGGUCAAAGUGACUCCGACCGCACAGAGCAAUUGAUCAAGCUUGCCCACAUGGCGGGCAGCUCAAUUAUGGCCUAUGCUUUCGACAUUGACAAAGACGAUGAAAAGAACGGUGCGAGCGAUGGCUCGGAAGACGAGUUCGAAGACGAUGAUGAAGAUGAGCCGCUUAAGGGUAUGGUGCCUUUUGCUGACAUGUUGAACGCAGAUGCCCACAGAAACAACGCACGACUCUUUCAAGAAACCGACUACCUCAUCAUGAGGUCUACCAAGCAUAUCAAAGCCAGCGAGCAGAUCUUCAACGACUAUGGCCCGCUCCCACGUUCAGACCUCCUCCGCAUGUACGGCUACAUUACUGAUAACUAUGCUCAGUAUGACGUUGUCGAGAUAUCGCAUGAGCUUCUUCUCGAAGUGGCUGGCAAGAAUCACGGCACUAAAGAUGCGGCUUGGUUGAAACGAGCAGAACAACUUGAGGAAAUAGGUGUCAUUGACGAUGGCUAUGCCAUCCCUAGAGCUGCUCCAGCAGUGAAAGAGCUUGAUCAGGCCAUACCGGGACAGCUGCAUAUGCUCUUGCGUGCUCUGUGCAUGGAGCCCACAAAAUCACCAAGAGACACUGUCAGCAUCAAGGAGGCCGCACUACUGCAGUCUGUCCUCACGAAAAGACUGUCAGAAUAUGGCACAUCUCUAGAGGCCGACCGGUUUGUUCUGGAGUCCUUGGCGGGUUCUGAAUCAUCCCAAUCACUCAUCCCCUCCCAAUGCAACAAGAAUCGAUUCGUCAUGGCUCUGCAAGUGAGAAUUGGAGAGAAGGAGAUCUUAAACCAGCUGAUCGGACUGUGCCAGGCCCACAUUGCACAGAAGAACGAGGAGAUGACAGCAAGAUCCACCAAACGGCGAAUCAACGAUGACUUCGAUAACAAACCAAAGAAAUCGUCGCGAAAAUGA